CUUCUUGCUGUUGUUGCUGUUAUUGUUGUAGUUGUUAUAGGGCGGCUGCUGCUGUAGUUGUUCGUGCUCGAUACUCGUUCUCUCCCCUUGUUCAUUCUCUCGUUUCUCGGUUCGUUCGCUCGUUCUCUGCAACAACUACUACCCAAACAAAAAGCACCAAGAUUGCGAGCUCGACAUGAACUGAACAAGGCACUGAUAUGACAUUUAAGGCAUAGAAGGUCGAAUAGCACCACGGCCUAGAAGUCUACCUACCCACCUUCUCAAAGGUUGUUCCAUUUGAAGUGUGGCUCUUGAGACUUUAUCUGCUCCUGACCUACUGGUGUCAUAAUUACCCAUGGUCGCAAAUAACCACGCCUUGGGGUUACUUGAUUGGGAUCUGAUCUAUUAUUAACGCUCCUCAAUUGUUUACUUGAGCUUUGGACAAUCUUGGUCUUACGAAAGUAUAGCUGUGUGUCUUGUCUGUCCCGAGCAGACCAUUCAUUGGCUGGCUGGUCGGCUGGAAGCAUCUUCUCUCAUUGGAUUUGUUCACCUGACACAACACAUAGUACAGAUCUUCACCUUGGAUCACAUCCAUGCUCUUUGAACUCCAGUCAGUCCUUUAAGCCUUGGAAGCAGAAGCAGAGUAGUAGUACUAGAAGUAGUAGAAAGAAGAAAAUCCCACUCGCUUGGUGCGAAUCACAACAAUUUGGAGACAUAAGAUGAACUUUUUUGUUUGUGAGGAAUUCCAAAAUUCAAUUGAAGAACAUGAAGUGGAGUGAUGUGUUGCUUUGUCUAUCGAUUUCGAUCUGUUUGAUACAUCCCAUCUUGUGCUACUGUCCCAGGGAAUGCAAAUGUUCUAGUGACGGAGUGAUUGACUGCUCACGAGCCAACCUCGACACAUUUCCAAGAGACAUCCCUUUCAAUGCACAUACGAUAGAUCUCAGCCACAAUUCGAUCUCCCAAUUCCCUGACCUGUCCGAGUGGCUAGAGUACUCACAGAUCAAGAACCUUGAUGUUUCUCAUAACUCGAUCCAAUGCUUCGACAGCCAAUUCAUUGGAUCAAAGGUUGAGCAUGUGGAUUUGCGAUACAAUCGGCUCCAAAGCUUGAGGGUCGACAAAUCUUUGGAAGACCUCAAAGUCAGAAUUAAUGACGACGAAACCCUGAACAAUUGCCAAUGUGCGAAGGAAUCGCUCCACAAAUUCAGUGGGGUGUCUUGUAGCGAGUCCUACUUCUCACCACACGCCAUUCUCUGUGGAACAUCUUCUGACGAUGUCGUGCCAGGAGAAAGUAUUUGCUUGGAACAAGAAGCGAUGUGUCCCAAAGACUGUCAUUGCAAUGAUGGGAUAGUGGAUUGCCGGGACAAGAAAUUGGAUCGAUUCCCCUCGUCAAUCCCUCACAGUGCUACUGAAUUGCGUUUGGAACAAAAUAACAUUGGAUCCAUCCCCAAAAAUGCGUUCGCCAAGUUGAAGUGGCUACGACGAAUUGACUUAAGCAACAACGAAAUACGAGUCAUUCCUGAUGACACUUUCAAUGGGCUUCCAAGGUUGACCUCGUUGGUUUUGUAUGGAAAUCAAAUCGAAAGAAUAUCGGGCUCUAGUUUCUAUGACCUUCCCGCCCUCCAGCUCCUACUAUUGAAUUCGAAUAAGAUCCGAUGCAUCCAUCCAAAUGCUUUCAACCGAUUGGAAGUUCUUCAUUUGUUAUCUUUGUACGACAACAACAUCCAAACCUUGAGCAAUGGAACUUUUGAUGGACUGGAAAACCUUCAAACCUUACACUUGGGCAAAAACUCAUUUGCCUGCGGUUGCGAUUUGGCCUGGCUAACGACUUGGCUUCAGAAAAACCCCGUGGAAACCUCUGGCGCUCGAUGCGAGACCCCCGUCAAAUUGCAGCGGAAAAAGAUUUCGACGCUCCAUUUGGAGCAAUCCAACUGUUUGGAUCUUUCUGGCUCUGCCCCAUCUUGCAAUUGGACGGCUCCUUGUCCUUAUCCAUGUUCUUGCUCGGAUGGGAUUGUGGAUUGUUCGGGUCGUGGAGUGAAGAUUAUCCCUUCAGAUCUGCCCAAAACCACGCGGGAACUUCAAUUGAGUGGCAACGUAAUGGAUAUCAUUCCCUCAGUGGGUCUCUUCAAUUUGCUCCCUUCCUUGAACACGCUAAACAUGAGUCAAAACUUCAUCAGUGUCAUAGAGGAAGGUUCCUUUGAAGGAGCAAGAACGAUAACCAUUUUGGAUCUCUCUCACAAUUCACUUUCCACCAUUCGAGGACGGCUAUUGCGGGGUCUAGAUGGACUAACCACGCUCUAUUUGCAUAACAACAACAUCCAUUGUAUUUCUCCUGGCGCUUUCGAUAUGCUGCCCAAGCUUUCGUUUGCAAAUAUCUUGAGUAAUCCAAUUCAAUGUGAUUGUCACAUGGCUUGGUUUGGAGAUUGGUUGAGGAGCCAAAACAAUACCUCGGCCGUGGCCACUUGUGCCACACCCACUCAUUUGAAAAACCGACAACUCCAAGAUCUGCCAUUACCCUCCUUCAGGUGUAAAGGCUCUGCAGAUGAAGGAUGUUUGGAACAACAUUACUGUCCAAGGGAAUGUGUUUGCACGGGAACUGUCAUUCGAUGCAGCCAUGCACAACUGAAGCACGUGCCAAAUAAUGUACCCAAAGAGGCAUCUGAGCUCUAUCUUGAUGUCAAUGACAUCACAGAUUUGAAGAUGGAACAAUUCAGCCAUUUGCAGCGCCUCUCCAGAUUGGACAUCAGUAACAACAAAAUAUCGGUCAUCAAGCCAUACGUGUUUGCUAAUCUCACCCGACUGUCUACGUUGAUAAUCAGCUACAAUGAAAUUAAGUGUAUCCAACCACGAGCCUUCAGUGGAUUGCAUCAUCUGAGAAUUCUAUCCCUUCAUGGAAAUUCCAUUUCCAUGAUCCCGAAAAGUGCCUUCGACGAUCAGAACAGCAUCACUCACUUAGCUCUUGGAUCUAAUCCGCUUUUGUGUGAUUGCAACUUGAAAUGGCUCUCACAAUGGAUGAAAAGUCAAUACAUCGAGCCGGGUAUUGCAAAGUGCUCUCAUCCCAACUCCUUGGCCAACCAUUUGGUUCUGACUACCCCUGAGAGUAGCUUCAAAUGUCAGGACGAAACUCCUCAAGAUAUUCUGGCCAAAUGCGACCCCUGUCACAGGGCUCCAUGCCAAAAUAAUGCCUCUUGUAAAGCCCAACAUGGCCUAGACUUCAUUUGCGAUUGCGUUCCUGGGUACUAUGGAACCUUUUGUGAGAAGAAUAUUGACGCCUGCUACGGGAACCCAUGUUCGCACGAUGGCACAUGCACUGUUAUGGAACACGGAAGAUUCGAAUGUAAUUGCCCUCUCGGAUAUUCUGGAUUGCGAUGUGAAUUUGACAUCAAUGAGUGCGCCAGUAGCCCUUGCCAAAAUGAUGCCAAAUGCAUCGAUCAAAUCGGGAGUUUCGCUUGCGAUUGCAAAGAGGGUUUCACCGGGGACCUUUGCCACAAAGAAAUCGACCCUUGUGAGGAUGCCCAAGAAAAGUGCCUCAAUGAAGGGACAUGUGUGCCCAGUAAGAGUACGUUUUCUUGCGUUUGCCAACCUGGAUUCAGCGGACCAGAUUGUUCCAUAUCCUUGAACGAUUGUCGAAGUCACAUGUGUCAAAAUGGCGGAACUUGCCUCGAUGGUAAUGGAACUUACAGUUGUGUUUGCACCCCCGAGUUUGCCGGCAAGUAUUGCGAAUUGGAACCCAUCAUUAGCCACCUCUACCCCCAAUCAUCGCCCUGUCAACAACAUGAAUGUAAACAUGGAACAUGCUUCAUGCCCAAGGAUUCCAAGGAUUACGUUUGCAAGUGUGAUUCGGGAUACACAGGCAAAUAUUGCGAAUAUCUUACAAGUUUGAGCUUCGAUCAAAAAGGAGCAUAUGCCCAAAUGGAACCGCUAAAUACGCAGCCGUUUGCCAAUGUUACCAUGGAAGUGAUCACCUUGGAAACGAGUGGAAUCUUGAUCUACGUUGGCCAAAACGAACAUCUAGCUGUGGAGCUAUUCAAGGGGCGGAUCCGAGUGUCGUAUGAUGUUGGGAAUUAUCCCGUGAGCACAAUGUUCAGUUACGAGAAUAUCUCUGAUGGGCUUCGACAUCGAAUUCAAAUCCUGGCUCAUGGCAAGAAUCUAACUCUCCAAGUUGAUCAAGGCCAGUCCCGAUCCAUUGUCAACGAGGGAGCCAACUCGGAGGUUCAAUUCCGAACCCCUCUUUACGUGGCAGGGUGCCCAGAUAAUGUGGGAGAAGAAGCGCUAAAACAUUGGCACCUGAGAAAUAUCUCCAGUUUCCAAGGUUGCAUGCCUUCUCUCCACAUCAAUGACAAAUUGGUGGACUUCCUUCAAGCUGCUGAUGUUCGUCACAAGGUCUCUCCUGGAUGUUCCAUGUCAGAAUUGGUCCAAAAUGCUGAGCCAGAAGAUCCGUGUUCUCCAUCCCCUUGCAAGCAUGGAACUUGUUCGCCCAUUGAAGCAAUCCCUGGCUUCCAGUGUACCUGCAAACAAGGUUUUAGCGGUGUCUAUUGCAAUCAAAAAGAUAUGAAUCGAAACUUCCAAAGGGAUCGACAGCGCAAAGACUCUCGACGCGUUCGAAACAACAAACGGAAGAAGAAGUGCAAGAAACAAAAAUAUAGAGACUACUACAUCGACAAGAGCGGCUGCCGAUCCAAGAGGCCUUACAAAAUGGCCAAGUGUGUUUCAGAUACCUCGGACUCGUGUGUGGCGAAGAAGACAAAGUUGCGAACCAUUCGCUUUAUUUGCCAAAACGGGCGCAAGUUCAACAAAGAAGUGGAAAUGAUCCGCAAAUGUGGCAGAAUCAAGCAAGACAAGAGAAAGCGUAUUUAGUCAGUGUAAGAAAUCUAUAUGCAUAUAUAUAUCAUCAUCAACAUCAUCACCCCCAAGAAAUCUUCAUCCUAGAAAAAUUGUUAACUUUGAAGCGAAAUAAAGUAACUAUGUCUUAA